UUCAAGGCUUCCCCCAUUCCUUCCCACACACACCCGCAUCGCUCAUGCUACAUUCCCUUUCCGCCCACACUUCCCCCCUUGUCCGCCACCUCCCUCCGCCCUUACCCCCGCCCAACCCUUCACAAAUGCCCCCCUUCUCUCCUCCCCCUUCCGCAACCCCCCUCCCGCUCUCCACCCCUCGUCCGGCUGGCAACCAAUCAGGAGCUGAAUGUGACGCUCAACACUGCCCUUCCUGCUAGCAUCGCCGCAGAGCCUGCUGCCCCCGCUAUAGUGCCGGCUUUUGAUGUGACAAUAGAGGAUGCGGAGGGGGCAGUGGCGGCUGUAGCGCCAGCUGUAGCACCCGCCACAGCUGCAGCGGGGACUGAAACAGCUGGUUUGGCAACAGCAAUUGCUGCAGGAGGCGGUUCAGGUGGUGUUUCAGGUGAUUCUGGUGCCAGUGGGACAUCCGCCCUCUCCUCAUUCCCCUCCACUCUGCCGCCCGAGUUCGCUGACCAUUUGUCUCUUCUGGAGCUGACGUUGCAGCGGCAUGGGUGGCAGGGGCUCAAGGAGGGCGGGCUUGCGCCAGUGCUGGCGCGCCUGCUGGCAAAGGGGGAGGCGGAGGGGCAGGGGGAAGGGUCGGGGGGAGGGUUUGGGGGAGCGUCUGGGCGGGGGGUGGGGGUGGGGGCACUGGUGGGGGAAGCUGCGGGGUGGGUGGGGGGAGCGGUUGGUUGGAUAAAGGGGAAGGGGGGAGGCUGGAGGAGGGGGGAAGGUACGCAGAAGGUUCCGUUUUGGCUGCGAGAACCGAGUGACAAGAAGUCAGUGCAGCAGCUGCUGAUGCAUGUGCGUCACCCAUCGCUGCCCCGCUUAGAGGACGCAGUGGCAUGGGAGCUGCAGCGGCUGGAGCGCGAUGAGCCGGACGCCUUCAGACGUCUCAGCCUCCCGAUUCUGCAGAUCCUCACUCCCCCGCAGCUACAGUCUCUUGCCGCCCGCUUCCCGUCCAUCGCCACACAUCCGCGCAUGCUGGCGCUGCGGGCCAUUCAGAUGCUGCCACGUGGCAUGUCUCAGGGCACCUCCGCACCAACCCCAGAAAGCGUCGAUCAGAUCCUGAGCUAUCUGGACCGCAUCCAACCGCUGCUAACCAGCGACCACCUCAAGGCGAAGCUGCUGUUUGCGCGCCUCACGCUCAGCCUCGUGCACGGCCAGGCGGACGCUGCCCUCCUCCUCGCCUUCCUUUCGAUCAUCCACAACGGCCCUUACGGCGUCUUCCCCCCUGCAAGGCCACACGAGGAGGAGGCAUUCGCCUACUUCCCUCUGUUCUCCUCCUGCCCCACACCAUCGGAUGUCAAGGAGCUCGUAGCCCAGCUCUUCCGAAACCUCUUCUCCUCGCCCUCCUUCUCCUCCUCCCUCACCUCCCCUCCCUCCGCCUCCUCCUCUGCCUCCCAUUUCACUCUUCCUACGAGUAUCACCUCUCGCUCUAUGUUCCAUUCGACUCCUGCCACGUCAGCAUCUACCACGUCAGCAGAAGCAGCAUCAGCGGCAGCAUCAGCGCAGUUCCCGUUUGCACCGGAUUCCCCGGAGGCAGCGGCGCUGGUGGAGAGGGCCAUGCGCACGUGGCAGCCUCUGAUUGGGCAGGGCAAGCUGGACUGGAGCUACGUGGCGCUGCUAUUGGCUGAGAGCAGGCUGUGCUGCGGAGACGACCCCUUCUACCCUGUCUGGGUACACCUCUAUCUCACGUCCUAUCAGCGCCAGCACGCGCCUGACAACCCGACAGCUGGCAGCAGCGCGUUGGCUGAGCUGACGGGGCGCUGCCAGCUGGACUUUGCCGCCCACAACCGGCGGGUGUGGCGGGCAGCGGAUUCGGUGCAUCUGGACGUGAUUGUGAAGAAUGUGCCUGUACUCGCUGUGAAGCUAUUCGAGGUGGACUCGCUGCGCUAUCUGCUCUCCUCGCCGCUUGACACCGAAUUCUCCAACUUGGGCUCACUGCACGGCCUCAAGCCAUGGUAUCAGCAGGAGAUUCAUCUGCAGCAGCAGGAACAGGAACGACAAACUCCCCUUCCCACCACCACCACUACUACCACCACCACCCCCUCCUCCUCCGCCGCCCCCUCUCGCCCCUUCUCCCUUGUAAAGCGAAUCCUGAGUGUGGAUUUGCCGCAGCUGGCCGGGCGGCGGGGCGUGUUUGUAGUGCAGCUGGAGGGCGGCGGACUGUGCGCGCGGGCGAUUAUACGAAAGGGCAAUCUAGUCCACACGGCCACCCUCACCCCGCGCGGCCUCGCCAUCCGAAUGCUCAACGAAGACGGCGCUCUCGUGCUGCCCACCACUGCAACUGGAGGCUCGAAUGGAGGCUCGGAUGGAGGCUCGGAUGGAGGCUCGGCUGCAGCCUCGGGUGGAGGUCCGGACCAAGGCUCGGAUGGGGGAGAGCCGAGUUUGUUGGUUGGGACGAGCGUUCAGAAGGGAGUGCUGGGAGGCCGGGCGGCGAGUGUGUGGGUGGAGGGGGUGGAGUAUGCAGUUGGGAGCGGUGGAGAGGUGGUUCUCCCCUUCACUGCCAGCAGCAGGCAGUGCUCUCCGGUGCUCUUUGACGGGUGCCUGGCUGCCGUGGGUGCAUCCGUGCAAGUUCCAGAAGAAAGUUACAACCUCAACUUGCAUGCCUGGCUCGAUCAAACCUUCCUCCGCCCCUCUGCUGACGUCACCAUCCUCCUCCGCCCCUCCCUCACUCUCUCCCCUUCUCACUCACACUCCUCCUCCUCUCUCCCAGCCGCCCCCCUCUCUCUCCUACGCUCCCCUGAGCUCGUAGUUUCCUGGAAGCUUCUGGAAGGCCAGGAUGUGACCGUUCGCAUUCCCAACCUCUCCCUCCGGCCGGAUUCGGAGUUAACACACAGGACAAAAGUCCCGGACGGCGCAGUUUGUCUGGAAGUGGCCCUCCGGGGAACAGUGGUGUUGCAGAGCAAGGGCGGGCAGGAGAAGGCACUGAGCGCAGAAGCUUCCUGGAAGGUGCUGGCGCCAUUUGAGCCUGGGGGAAGGGCGGCAGCGAAUGGGAGCGCGUGGGAGGGGAGUGGGGCGGGGGGAGGGGCAGGGGGCGGAGGGGGAAUGAUUCUGGGGGAAGUAGGGGGAGCGGAGGGGGGGAAUGGGGGGAAAAAGCAGAGGCCAGUCGAAGUGGAAUCUUUGUUUUUGGAGAUAAGAGGUGAGGGGGAGGAAGGGAUGGGGGAGAGUAAAGGGGGAGGAGCAGGGAAGGGGGGCAUGGGGGGGUAUGUGUUGCGGGUAGUGGGGGAAGCGGGGGAGGGGAAAGGGGGGAGGCGGGUGGUUGUGCGGCUGCGGCACCGGCUGGCCAAUGAAUGGUCGCCAGGUGUCGUGAUGAGAAGCGACGAUGAAGGUGUGGGUGGGAGUCCAGCAGGGAAGCUGCCGUCUCACGUGGUGGUGGUGGGCGGGGAGGAGAGGGUGUAUGGUGAUGCUGCUGCUGGUGGUGUUGCUGCUGCUGGCGGUGCUGCUGGUGAUGGUGCAGCAACAGGCUCGGAUAAAGUGAUUCUGCGACUCCCUUAUGUCUCCCAUGCUGCUGCUGAUGCUGCUGCUGCGGGCGGUGGUGGUGGUGAUGUUGGUUCUGCUGCUGCUGCGGUUGGAACAUCUGAAGCUGCUGCAGUCCCACCAGUCUCCCCGUGUCUCUUCCGCGUGGCUGCUGCAUCGGAAUACGCAGUCGAGAAAGUGUUCCUGGCAGACUGCACGCAGCGACUGCAGAUGAGAGAGGGCUAUCUGGAGCUACUGACAGUGCCACCAGGGGACUACUCCCUCUUCCUCCCAUGGGACAACGAAACCAUCUCCAUCCGCGUCCUGCCUCCUCCCCCUUCCUCCUCCGCCCACUCUCCCCCACCCUCUUCCCCGCACCCCACUCCUGUACCCACCCCCGCCUCUCUCCCCUGCCCCGGCUGGGCCGAUGACUCGGCGCGCAAAGAGCUUCGGAAACUGCCGCCCACGAGCCCGCUCACCAUCUGCGCUGCUGCUGUUGGUGGGAGUGGGGUGGUGCCGGGCGGGAGAGGGGGAGGGGGAGGGGAAGUCGGGCAGGGAGGGGGAGGAGGUGGGGGAGGGAAGGUGGGGAGGAAGGUUCUGUGGGUGAAGCUUGGGGGGUGUGGCGCGAGCACACGCGUGCAUGUGGUGGUGCGGCAAGGAAUGGUGGCCAAGGCUGUGCCUGGUGCUGAGCUGAGUGUGUUUGGGGGGGCAGGAGGGGAGGGGGAGGAGGACGGGGUGGAGGAAGUGUGGAGGGGAGCUGGGUGGGGGGGGGAAGGAGGGGAGGAGGGGAGGGUGGGGUUGGAGGAGGUGGAGAGUGAGUAUGGCGAGAAGCAGCUGAUGGAUGAAGAGAUCAUCUAUGUGCAGAACCGUCAGAAGGCACUCACCGGCACCAACGGAGAGAAGGAACGGGUGGGGCACCUGCUGCCCCUGCCUUCUCUCCUCAUCCACCCGCGCGUCACCGCUGCGAACACCACCAAGCGCGCCCCUCCCCCUCCGCGCCAACUCCACUCGGAUCCCGCAGCAAAGAAGAAGCAGAUGAUGGGGGUGAUGCUGCAGCGCAAUCGGGUCGACAAGGAUAUGAUGGUGGAGCGAGAAGGCGCCCCCAUGGCCAUGUUUGCUGCACCGCAAGCUGCCAUGUGUUUUGCUGGUCCGGCAAGGGGAAGGGCGAUGAUGUAUCGUGGUGGGGGUGUUGGUGCUGCUUGUGGCUUCGCCUCCUCGUUCCAGUCAGGUCCCCCUCCCAAACACGCCCCGCUCUUUGCACCGACCCCCGUUCUUCUUGCCAAUUUGAAGCCGGCUGGAGGGGAUGGGAGAGUGGGGGUUGGAGGGGAGGGUGAUGAGGAGGGGAUGGAUGGGUGGGUUGCGGUGCCGAGAUCCUCCCUGCCACGUGGCAGUCUGUCAUUGACUGUCGUGGCUGUGGACUCGGGGGAGAGCGCGUGGGGGUGCCAGGUGGCGCGCUGUGAUUUGCUCGUUCCGGAGGAAGCAUGGGGGGAGGAGGAGGGGAGUGAGGGGGAGAAGGGGAGGGAGGAGAGGGGGAGGGAGGAGAAGGGGAGGGAGUGGGUGGUACUGGAGGCGUUGGAUCCAGCUAAGCACUACCACGAGAGGAGGGCUGUAGAGGUGUGGAGGAGAGGAGAGGUGCACCGCAUUGCUGACGUGGCAAUGGCACAGGUGGCGAUAUUUGACUCCAUCGAGCAAGCCCACGGCUUAUUGGCCAGCUUCAUCAGCCCGUCGGAGCAUGACACGUGGCAGCAGCUGGCGUUCCUGCUGCAGUGGCCGGGCAUGGCAGCGGGCGGCAAAGCGGACAAGCUGCAGCGCUUUGGCUCCCACGAGCUGCACCUGUUUCUUUUCUUCCAUGACCAUGCCUUCUUCCUAAAGCACGUGCGCCUUGCCAUUGCCUCCAAGCUCGACCGCUCCUUCCUCGACCUCUGGCUGCUGGGCGACCUUGACGGGGUGCUAUCUUUCUGCGCCCUGCCAGCCUAUCUCAAUCUCAAUGCGCUCGAGAGGUGUCUGCUGGGGCUGGCAGUGUGUUUCCACAUGCUGCUGCAGCACAGGGGGGUGCGACCUCUGGACUGGCCGUACCAGCCCCACCUCAUCCAUCCCUCUGAAGUCCUGGACGAUUUGAUCACCCUGGCGGCACCACCCACACCAUCGCUAGCAGCGCAGGCAGCAGCCGCCUCCUACCGUCGCUUCACCACUGCCCUCGCCAGCCGCAGCGACCUCCGCCCCCGUGCCACACCCCCCGCCGAACCUCCCGCCAAGCCUGCCGGCGAACCUGCAUCCCAACCUAAAGGCGCUCCUCCCCCCCCCCCUUCCGCUGCUCCCCUUCCCACUGCCCCUGGAGCUGCCUCUUUCGGGGGCUUUGGAGGGGCGACUCGCUUUAGCUCUGAUGUCAGAUUGAUUGAGCAGCCUCAGAUGCAGGCCUUGUCAGCAGCACCAAGAGGGGGAGGAGGAGUAGCAGGCGGGUUGCAUUUCAGCUGUGAUGGCUGUGGCACCAACCCAAUCAGGGGACCCCGCUACCGCUCUCUUGUUCGUGACGACUACGAUCUUUGUGCGUCCUGCUUCGCCACCAUGGGCACACCGGGCGAGUACCAGCGCUUUGACUCCGGCCCUUCUUUUGGAGCAGCAGCAGCUGGGGAAACAGAGGAGGCUGUGCCCGUCCCAUCAACGCAGCAGCGCCCCCACAAGGUGGACGUCACGAAGUGCUAUGCCGAGACACACUACUUCAAGCGCGCACUCAGCGAUCAGACCCCGGACCUCAUCCCCUCCUCGCCCUUCUGGGUCGAUUUCAUGCGCCACAUCCUCUCUUCUGCCGAAGCUGCUGCCAAACCUGCUGCCAAACCUGCCACCGAGCCUGUCUCAGCAGCAAGCAGCUCUGCGCUGGCGUCGCUCUGCUCCUUUGCUCUCUCCCUCCCUCCCUUCGUCCCUGCAUCGCUGCACGAUGUAGCUUCCUCCUCCACUGCUGCUCUCUCUGCCCUUUCCAUUCUUGGCCUCCGCUUUGGCGGCAAGAUCAGGCAAACCGGUGCUUGUAACGAGGAGGCUAAUAACGAGGAGAUUGGGGGGAGGGCGGGCGGGGGAGGCGGGUCUGCUGGUGCAGUGGAGGGGGAGGAGCAUGGGUUUUCGUUUAGAGGCACGUCGGUUACAAUCACACCUGCGUCGCCCAUGGUGGUGUACAAGCAGGAGUUGUGUGAGGUGGGGAGUGGUGCAGCGGCAACAGCAACAACAACUGAAGAAACAGCUCCUCCAUUUCCGUUCCUCCCCUCCCUUGCUCCUGGAAUCCCCUCCAUCCUCCUCUCUCAGUCCAUCCACACUCUCCUCGCCCCUCCCUCCUCCUCCUCCCCUUUCACCCCCCACUCCUCCUCCCUCCUCUCCUCCACCACCCCCUUCCCCCUCUUCCACUCCGCCCUCUCCACCACCCCAUCCAUCCACCCCUCCUCACUCCCGUCCACCCCUCCAUACCGCACCGGCAUCUGCUACCUCCUUCAAAUAGUAGUAGUUAAUCUCCAGUCCGCCCCGCUCCCCCCGCUGUUGCUAUUAUUCCAAGUUCCCCAGGGUUCUGUGCCUAUUUCCCCUCUCGGCCGCCCCACCCAGAGGCUCCGCCUGCCACCGCUGCAGCCCUUCCAGAAGCGAGUCUUCACUGCGCUCUUCUACUUCCCCUUUCCUGGAAGCUUCUCGCUCUUCCCUGCGCACCUGCUGCCUGAAGCUGGGUCAGGGGGAGGGGGCGGGGGAGAGGGAGGGGCAAGGGAGGAGGAGGGUGGGGCAGACGUUGGAGUGGUGGCAGUGGCAGCAGGGGUACCCGCAUCAAUCCCCGUCCUCUCAUCAUCCGAAUACGAGAAGAUGGAGAGGGAGAGACGCGAAUCCCUCCUCCAGCAACACUUGCAGGCAGAAUCAGCAGAAUCAGCAGCAGACAGGCAGCGGCAGCAAGCGGGAGGCAAAUCCCUGUCAGCAGCAGAGGAGGCAGCACAGAGAGCGGAGCUCUGGGAGGUGAUCUGCCAGUCAGGCAGCGAGCCUGAUAUCCUCCGCAUGCUGCAAGGCCCCUCCCUGCGCUCCCUCGACCUCGCCGUCCUCCUGCCGCUCAUGCCCCACGCGCCCCUCUACCACUCCGUCACCUCCCUCCUCCGCCGCCGAAAGCUCUUCUCUCCGUCCAUCUGGCAGUACUCGCUCUUACACCAGGACCCUCGGGGAAUGUCUGAGUAUUUGGCUUAUGAACCAACCUUCCUUGCUCGGCUGUCCUCCCCUGUGCUUCUCUCCUCUCUGUUGCAUAUCGAGCCGGGUGCGGCAGGGGCGAGGUUGUCGCUUCGGUACCGGCUGAACGGGAGCGCCGGUGUGCUAGGUUCGGGUUUCGGUUCGGGGCUAGGUCCGGUGUACGAGCAUGAGGAGUUCCUGCCGCUGCUGAACCCCCGGGCGCACAGUCGGUUCCUGGAGGUGUGUGCAAGGAGGAAGGGCGGGAUGAACGCCCAGGAGUGCCUCGCAGCCGCCUACUACCUGCUGGUUCAAGACCGAGUCAAAGAGGCCCACCUCAUGUUCCUCCGGGCAGCCUCUGGAAAGAUUUUCACCCUGCCCGACACGUGGCGGGCGGCGCUCUGCGGUGGAAACAGUAGUGCUGCUCCUGUGGGGGCUGGUGCUGCGGCUUCUGCUCAGAUUGCUCCUGCUGAGGGUGCUGAGGGCGCUGAGGGUGCUGAGGGCGCUGAGAAUCCUGCUGCUGCUGUUGUUGGAACCACUAGCAGCAGCACCAGCAUCAGCUCUGUCCCCUUUACUGACCUCCCCGCUACAGUCAAUGUGCAGCUUGCAGCAGAUUACAUGGCCGCUUUUCUCGACAUUCUCCUCUGCCCGACCGACCGCCUGCCCGUGGUCGCCCGGGCAGCUGCGAAAAAAUACCGAGCCGUGGACAGGAACGGUGGCAGCAGCGGAGGAAGCUGCCCAGUGGUUUCCUGGAGAAAGCGCUUUGCUGACCUGGGCAAGCAGGUGUAUGAAAUUUGGAUGGCUGCCCGAGCUGCCCGGGCUGCCGGGGCUGCCGGGGCAGGGGGGCGUAUCAUUGUUCUGGGUGGUGUGGAGCGGCAUGGAGUGGCUGGGGUGGAAGGACAGGCACAGAGUGAUAAGGGAACGGAAGGAGGAGGAGGAAGAGGAGGAGGUGGAGGAGGUGAGGGGGUUGGUGGGGGUGGAGAUGCAUGGGAGUGGGAGGAGGACGAUGACUGGGUGCUCACAGGCAGUCAACCCCUGGCAGGGGCAGUUGGAGGCGGAGGGGGAGGAAGUGGAGCAGGGGGGACAGCAGGAGAAGCAGGGGUUGCACCAGCAGCAGGAGGAGUGGCAGCAGCAGGUGAAGGCGCAGCUGCUGCUGAUGAGGACAUGGCUGACGUGGCACAGCUGGCGGAGGCAGCUGAGGGGGAUGGGACGGCAGUGGACCCAUUCUCCCUCAAGAGGAGCUCCGGACCCAAACCCUCCCAGGAGCCCUUCCUGGAUGCCAAGCUACUGCCCUCCUCUGCCGCUGCUGCCACCGCUGCUGCUGCUGCUGCUGGCACAGGUGGCACCGAAUCCGGUACAGUCAUGCGGGGUACAGUCACAGCAGCAGCGGCGGUGGUGGGGGUGCGGUAUGCGAACGUGGGGAGCAUCCGAGUGGACGUGUUUGCAUUCGACGAGGAGACCUUCUUCUCCUCCUCGCCCUUCUCCCUCCUCUCCACUGCAGCCGCAGCCGCUGGUGGUGCAGGGAGCAGUACUAGUGUGAAGGGUGGAACCCGUGGUGGGGUUGGGAGGAGUGGAGGAGAGGCAGGAGAGGGUGGCAAUGGGGUGGGCGGGCCCUCAUCCAUCUUCGUGGCUCCGAAUUGGCCGGUGCACGAGUCUCUUGUGGUAGAAGUGGUGGAGAGGCUGGGUCAGCUGAGGGUGCUUCGCCGCAUUCCCACACCUGCGCCAGCACCUGCCGAUGGGUCUUUGGGCAGUGGGAAAGCAGGAGCAGUGGCGGGCAGGCUGGAGUCAGCUCAGGGAACUUUGGUGCCGCUGCCCGGAGCGUAUGUGAAAGUUUUCUUCCGCCCGAAGUCGCGAGGGGUUUCUUACCUUUUCAGCGGCAGUGCAGGGGAAGAGAGGGGUGGGGCGGAGUUUUACAAGGAUGGGUACACGGACAGGCGUGGGUGGUUUGACUAUGCGUUUGUGAGCACAGAGGAUGUGGAGAAGGUUGAUAUGUUUGCUGUGCUUGUGACUAAAGAGGGGGCAGGUUCAGUUGUGCGCCAUGUGAAGCCUCCCAAGCUGAAUGUGAACUCGCUUUCAGCCGCGGCGCUACACGGGCAAGAGCUCCAGGAGCAUCAACCCUCGCGUCCGUUCGUUCGCACCCUUGGGACCUGGAUGCGAACUCACUUUCAACCCCGACGCUACACGGGCCUCAGCUGCAAGAGCAUCGACACGCAUUACAACUGCGAGAAGAACGGGCGGCCCAACCUCAAAUACCUCGACUACGAGUGGCGCAUCCCCGGCUGUAGCAUCAAGCGCUUCGACCCCUCGGUCUUCCUCACUAUGAUGCGCAACAAGGUGUUUAUGAUCGUGGGGGACUCGUACGCGCUCAACCUGCACGCGUCCAUGCGAUGCCUCAUUGAGUCUGUCGCAAUCACGCAGAACUUCAAUGGGAAUCUGUUCAAGACGGGAGUUCCUGCGACGGGCUUCAGAGUGCCGUCCCACAACGCCACCAUCAUUGGUAUCACUUCCUUCACCCCACUCACGCCCUUACCCCCACCCGACGCUGUUCGCAGAACUUCAAUGGGAAUCUGUUCAAGACGGGAGUACCUGCGACGGGCUUCAGAGUGCCGUCCCACAACGCCACCAUCAUUGGUAUCACUUCCUUCACCCCACUCACGCCCUUACCCCCACCCGACGCUGUUCGCAGAACUUCAAUGGGAAUCUGUUCAAGACGGGAGUACCUGCGACGGGCUUCAGAGUGCCGUCCCACAACGCCACCAUCAUUGGUAUCACUUCCUUCACCCCACUCACGCCCUUACCCCCACCCGACGCUGUUCGCAGAACUUCAAUGGGAAUCUGUUCAAGACGGGAGUUCCUGCGACGGGCUUCAGAGUGCCGUCCCACAACGCCACCAUCAUUGGUAUCACUUCCUUCACCCCACUCACGCCCUUACCCCCACCCGACGCUGUUCGCAGAACUUCAAUGGGAAUCUGUUCAAGACGGGAGUACCUGCGACGGGCUUCAGAGUGCCGUCCCACAACGCCACCAUCAUUGGUAUCACUUCCUUCACCCCACUCACGCCCUUACCCCCACCCAACGCUGUUCGCAGAACUUCAAUGGGAAUCUGUUCAAGACGGGAGUACCUGCGACGGGCUUCAGAGUGCCGUCCCACAACGCCACCAUCAUUGGUAUCACUUCCUUCACCCCACUCACGCCCUUACCCCCACCCGACGCUGUUCGCAGAACUUCAAUGGGAAUCUGUUCAAGACGGGAGUUCCUGCGACGGGCUUCAGAGUGCCGUCCCACAACGCCACCAUCAUCCGCAUUGCUUCGGCAUUCCUUCUGUACGGCGAACCUGAUGGCGAGCGCAGUGUGAAGAGCACGUGGACCGUGUGGUUGGAUAAACUGGACCCCGAAUGGGAGGCCCUGCUGCCCUUCACCGACUACGUCGUCAUGAGCGCCGGCUACUGGUUCACCAGUGCUCGGGAGGAGAAGCGGCACUAUCUCGUGAGCAACAGCCCCAACCAGCUCUCCUGGAACCCCGACCAGCGCACCACCAUGCAAACCGCUCUCUCCACCAUCGUCACCCAUUUCAACCGCAUCAAAUACCGCGGCCUCCCCAUGUUCCUCUCCUACACCUCCUCCCACUACGGAUUCGAGCUCGCGGGCACGGAGGCGGCUAGAGGGGUGCAGUAUAAUUGCACCGACGCGUGGCGGCCAAUCGGGUGGCGCCAGGUGUCGCACAGGGAGUGGGCGGUGGAAGACAUGUGGGAAGAUGGGCCCGAGGUUAUGCUUUUUCAGG